CCCGGCCGCGCGCGCCGCUCGCUAGCUGGUCCCCACGCGAGCUCCUCGGCGACGGUGAGGAGGUGCGGAGGCGGAGCGGACGGCGAGGCGACCGCGGGGAGGCGAGCGGGCCAGGCCCCGCCGGGAGGCCGUCGCCAUGAGCGGCUCCUCGGGCACCCCGUACCUGGGCAGCAAGAUCAGCCUCAUCUCCAAGGCGCAGAUCCGUUACGAGGGCAUCCUCUACACCAUCGACACGGACAACUCCACCGUGGCGCUCGCCAAAGUGAGGUCCUUUGGGACUGAAGACCGUCCCACAGAUAGGCCUGCCCCUCCAAGAGAGGAAAUUUAUGAGUACAUCAUUUUCCGGGGAAGUGAUAUCAAAGACAUUACAGUGUGUGAACCUCCAAAAGCUCAGCACGCGCUCCCUCAGGACCCCGCCAUCGUCCAAUCUUCCCUGGGCUCGGGCUCCUCCUUCCAGCCGCACGUGCCUUACAGCCCCUUCCGAGGGAUGCCGUCCUACAGCCAGCUGGCCGCCAGCUCCCUGCUCAGUCAGCAGUAUGCAGCUUCCUUGGGUCUAGAGAAGCUGGUAAGCCCUCCAGCCUCAGCCGCAGCCUCCAGCCCUAGCUCCUCUCCAUCUCCACAGCCCGUGUCAGAGCCUGACACGUCCUCAGAGCCACACCAGCUCACUUCCAAGGGAGCCGGUUUUCCGUCCGUCCCAGUCGGCAAGAGCCCCAUGGUGGAGCAGGCUGUCCAGACUGGUUCUCUUGAUAACCUGAACACCAAAAAGCUGUUACCCGGCGGCAAGGGCACCGUGGGGGUGCAGCUGAACGGGCGCCCGGCCCCGCCAGGCGACAAGAGCGCCAGCGAUGCGGGCCAGCCAGCCGCUGUGCAAGCGCCCGGGCAGGUGAACGACGAGAACAGGAGGCCCCGGAGGAGACCGGGGAACAGACGAACGCGGAAUCGCUCCAGGGGGCAAAGCCGCCCAACCAAUGUCAAGGAAAACACAAUCAAGUUUGAGGGCGACUUUGAUUUCGAGAGUGCCAAUGCCCAGUUCAACCGAGAGGAGCUGGACAAAGAAUUUAAGAAGAAACUGAAUUUCAAAGAUGACAGAGCUGAGAAGGGGGAGGAGAAGGACCCUGCCGUGGUGACCCAGAGUGAUGAGGCCCCUGCUGAGGAGGACCACCUGGGGCCCAACUGCUACUACGACAAGUCCAAGUCCUUCUUCGACAACAUUUCCUCUGAACUUAAGACCAGCUCCAGGCGGACCACGUGGGCCGAGGAGAGGAAGCUCAACACGGAGACCUUCGGAGUGUCGGGAAGGUUUCUUCGUGGCCGUGGAUUCCGGGGCGGAUUGCGAGGGGGCAGGGGCAGUGGCACCACCCGGCGCAACCCGACUUCCCACAGGGCAGGGACUGGCAGGGUGUAAGGAAGCGGCUGGAGCCCCUGCGGAAGCAGCAGCAGUGAGAAGCUGAGUGAGGACGCCGCGCACCUGCUGGGCAGGCGGAUGUUGGUCACUGAUCACUACUUUUGUUUUGGACGUCACGGAACUUGGACGUGGUCUGAGUUGGAGCUCGUGUUCAGGAGUUGUUCAGGGUGGCCUCUGAGGGCUCUGGGUCUUUCCUCGUUACGCAGUCUAGCCUAAAGGUUUUGGUAUUUUGAAAAAGGUUUCUAGAGCGAAAACUUAAUCCUCACUUAGACUUUUUUUUUUUUUGACAGCUUUGACUUUUAAAGUGGAACCAAAUCUCAUUUGGCCGUAACGGCAGCCGGGCACGAUCUGUCACCCAGCUGGCCUGGCGCCGCUUCCUGGCCCUCCCACUGCCACUACCGGGGUCUGGGGAGCAAGGCAGGGCCAGCCCAGGGGUGCGGGGUCAGGUGGGCCUCGGGCAGGGGUGCGGGGCUCCCGCAGAUCAUGUUGUGUGAGCAGAUAGACCACCUGAUGUCCAGGGUGGUGGUGUCAAGGUUGGGGGCUGCGGGGUGGGGUGUUCUUGGAGGCACAAGAAGGGCCCUGAACACGAGCAGGGAGCUGUUUGUUGCUCAGAGCCUGGCUUCCAUGGGAAUCGGGGUUUUGGUAGUGCCGCCCCCCCGCCCUGCCAUCCCCUGCCCGGGCCAGGCGGUGUUGGACCCCGUCACUGUUUGCGUCUCAUCCACUUGGAAACGAGCCAGUCUCUCUGCAAGCUUGGCUGACCGAGAGCACAUUCCUCUGAGUUGUAAAUAGUCGUGUUUGUUUUACAGGUGGGUGGAGGGAGGUGGGGCAUAAACUGUUGCAUGGGUAAGUGGGUCACCUUAGUACAAGCAUGCACCCCGAUGACAGGGCACCGUGGUGACAGCAGCACCGUGGUGACGAACCCCUGAGUAGCUGUAAAGAUUUUGGUUCUUUAUUGAGUUACUGUAAAAGCUUGGGUUUAUUUUUGUAGGACUUAAUGGCUAAGAAUUAGAAUGUAGCAGGGGGCUGCUCUGUUGGAGUAAUGUAAAUUGUAACGAAAAUAAACAA